AUGUCCAACGCGCCGUACAAUCUGGCGCGCGGAGAGUUGCCAUACGGGGCCGCGUCGCUCAACGACGGCGUACUCGAGGGGCUCACCGACCCGUUCAGUGGGCAACACGUGGGCUAUUUGGCCGACACGGAAGCCGCCAAACAGGGCAUCACUCGCUCAGCUCAAGACGAAUACGCGAUAAACAGUUAUCGGCGCAGCGCCAGAGCCGCGGCCGAUGGCCUGUCGCUCAAAGAGAUAGUACCGGUGAUUGUGAGCGGACAACGCGGACGACCAGACGUAACGGUGGCCGACGACGAAGAGUAUCGCAGAGUUGACUUCGAGCGCGUGCCUACGUUGGCGCCGGCGUUUGUUAGGGACGGCACCGGCACUGUAACGGCCGCUAACGCCAGUCCCAUCAGCGAUGGCGCCGCCGCCGCAGUGCUUAUGUCUGCGGCCGCUGUCCAUAGGCUUGGCGUCCGGCCGUUGGCCAAAGUGAUCGCGUACGCCGAUGUGGGCGUAGAGCCGGCCGUAUUUACCGUAGCGCCCAUAUAUGUCAUACCUAAGGUGUUGGAAAAGGCUGGCCUGCAAAUGAGUGACAUCGCCCACUGGGAGAUUAACGAGGCGUUUAGUACAGUGCCCUUAAUCAGCAUUAAACAUUUAGGCUUAGCCACCGAACUCGUGAACCCGAAUGGCGGUGCUGUCUCUCUCGGUCACCCCGUAGGCUGUUCGGGCGCUCGUAUUGUCAAUCAUUUGGCGCUACACCUAAAACCCAAUGAGUAUGGAUUGGCUGCCAUUUGCAACGGAGGUGGCGGUGCCUCUGCUUUGUUGGUCCAGAAGUUGUAA